UAUGAACGACGCCAUUAGGGGCGGGCCGAAGAGGGGCGCAAGCGCACUGCAUUGCGAGUCUCGGGACCCCUUUCCUGGAGAUUAUGGCGCUCAACAAGAAUCACUCGGAGGGCGGCGGAGUGAUCGUCAACAACACCGAGAGCAUCCUAAUGUCCUAUGACCAUGUGGAACUUACGUUCAAUGACAUGAAGAAUAUACCAGAAGCCUUCAAAGGGACCAAGAAAGGCACCGUCUACCUUACCCCUUACCGGGUCAUCUUUCUGACCAAGGGGAAGGAUGCCAUGCAGUCCUUCAUGAUGCCAUUUUAUCUGAUGAAGGACUGUGAGAUCAAGCAGCCUGUGUUCGGUGCAAACUAUAUAAAGGGAACAGUGAAGGCUGAAGCAGGAGGUGGCUGGGAAGGCUCUGCCGCAUAUAAAUUGACCUUCACGGCAGGGGGCGCCAUUGAGUUUGGACAACGGAUGCUACAAGUGGCAUCUCAAGCCUCCCGAGGUGCAGCCCCCAGUGGAGCCUAUGGGUACUCUUACAUGCCCAGCGGGGCCUAUGUCUUUCCCCCGCCCGUCGCCAAUGGAAUGUACCCCUGCCCUCCGGGCUACCCCUAUCCACCGCCCCCACCUGAGUUCUAUCCAGGACCUCCCAUGAUGGACGGGGCCAUGGGCUAUAUGCAGCCCCCGCCACCGCCCUACCCCGGGCCCAUGGAACCUCCUGUCCGCAGCCCUGAUGUCCCCUCCACUCCUGCAGCCGAAGCCAAGGCUGCCGAAGCAGCUGCCAGCGCCUAUUACAACCCAGGCAACCCGCACAACGUCUACGUGCCCACGAACCAGCCUCCGCCACCUCCCUACUACCCCCCAGAAGAUAAGAAGACCCAGUAGAUGCCCCUCACUCCCCUGCUUCCCACCUCUCAUGGCUCCCUCCUUCCCCUUCCCUUGGGGCCAAGACUGGGGUUGGGGGGUGAUGGGAGAGCCUUGAUCUUCCUCUGGUCUGAUGAAAAAACACUUAACAAGGAACUACUGUUGAGUGAAGGGAGGGGCCCCUUGACUUGGGAGCAGUGCCCCCAGCCUCCGCGUUACUCAGAGCCCAGGCAUCGCUCAGAUGCACUUUUGUCUUGGCAUCUCUGGGGCUCGCCUUGGGCGCACAGGGUAUCCCCCUCAUUCCUGUCUUGCUCGAGCAGCUUCUUCCCACGGAGGGACUCUCUAGCCACCUCCUCCACCACAGUCCAGCUCCCCCAUUGGUAGCCACUUAACUCAGCCUCACGAGCUCUGCCAGGCCAGCCACUUGUCUUCCCGAGGGCCCCUUGCCAGGCCCUGCUCACAUGCCCUCCACUGGUCCUGUGCUUAACCAUGGAAACUCACCUUCCCACCAGACCACAGCCUGUGUUUGGUUCCUAGCCAUCCAGUCUCCAGCCCCAGGCACGCUCACCUUCCCUUCCCUGUCCUGGGUCAUUCUGUUGACACUGUUCUAUGAUGUUUGGGGCUUUAACAUGUGCUUCCAGAGGGUGGGUGGCAUCAGGCCAGGCUGCUGUGGCUCGGGGAGGGAGCCCCGCUUCCCAGCUAGUGUGUCUGGAAUUUGCCCUCGCCUUCUCUCUUUUCCCUCUAGAAGGGGCGUCUUAGGCUGGAACUGGAGAAUGCACAUCCACCCCUUAUGCCACUUGGGGACAGCUGGGUGGGCGAGAACAAAGGCCCCCGAGCCCUGGGGCCUACUCUGGGUCUUGAGUUGACUAUGACCUCUCACCACCUGCCCAGCCUGCACUCUUCCCUUUAAGCUUUAUGUCCGUUUGGCAUGCCCCCCGAAUGCACUAAAAUUUGUUCUCAUUUGCUCCUGGACUGGCUGUGAACAGAGGAGAUGGUUAUUUAAAGAGAACUCCCUAUUUAUUUGACCAAAAAAAAACUCAAAACCCAGUUAAUAUAUUAAUGUGAAAUAAACCUUGUUUGCACCUUGA